AGAACCCAGUUAUAAUCCAGUCGGGUGCUGGCACAUUGUCUUUGCAGGAUACAGAAAUAAAACCUCAAAGAAACUGAGCCCAGCCUCUACAGAGCUGCUGGUCUACAGUCUGGAUCAUGAUCUCACACAGACCAAAGUCAGCCUGGGAUAUUAAACUUAUAUUAUUAUAACUAUAAUACUAUAAUAUUAUGCCACACAUUGUGUCAGUGACAGUUGAUUACAUAAUGUGAUUGGCCAGUGAGCGCAGGACAGACACACACACUCUGAACACUUUAUGGAUACAGACUUUACUGAUGUUCUCUGGUGGACAGAGCUCACAGAUGCAUCAGGAACUGGACUUUAUCUGUCAUCAAUAAGGACAAACAGCUGGAACAGAGGACAGUGUGUCCUUUACUGCAGCAUCAUGGGACAAAUGGCUUUUUUCAGCCUAAUUCUAAAUUUUCUUCACAGUAGAUGUUUUCAUUUGGGAAUGAUGAUGAAUAAACAGUUUAUUUACUUACACUGGAGCUCAAAAGAGAUCAACUGCGUGGAGGAGAGCGGCCUUUUGACUCAGGACACAUCCUUAUGGAUCCUUAUGAAGAGGGUCUUGUGUAAUAAUGGACUGGGGACCAAAUUCAAAUGUCUCAUGAACAUGAAUACAAAGCAGGUGGAUAUGUCCAAUGUAGUCACUGAUGUUUGUGUUGAUGAUGGCACAUCACGGGCUUAAGUACGACGCAGAACACAUUGCUCUUCUCAGGGCUCUUAAAAGAGAAAGUUGAUCAUCUGCUUUUCAACGGCUGAGCGGCUCGUUGCUACAACACACACUUGGUUUGUAUCUUCAUGUCCUCUGUUUCUCACACAGUGUACAUACUGUAUAUACAGGUUUCUGUAUCCAAUAUGUAUAUAUAUAUUUUAAACUCUGUACAGGUUUAUCUGAAUAAACGUGGCCUACUUUUGCAUUCAUAUUUUUACUAAGACAGUAAUAAGUAAUACAGUCUCUUAAUAAGACAGUAAAGUCUGUCAGUUGCCUUUAAAUACAUGGAACCAGCAAAAGUAAAGUCUCUUUGAUUUAGAAGAAGUUUGCAGGCUAAUAAAAGCCCACAUAUGCCGUGGGUCAAAGAGCUGCUGGUUGAUGCUGCUUCAGGCAGUGACAUGUUUUAGUUUAAAGGUAUAGAAACUAGAAAAGAGACACUUUGAGAGCAAAUCUCCACAUGAUAGUUUAGAUACCGUCCCAAAUUAAUGUAAGAAUCUUCACACCGUGUGUGUGUGUGUGUGUUUGUGCGCGUGUGCGUGCGUGUGUGUGUGAUGUCCUCAGCAGGUGUGAUGGGACGGAGGUUUGUUGCGAUAUGGUUUAGUCUGACUUUAAAUCAUUAUAAAUUACUACAUUAUUAUAUGUGAUUUCAUAUUGGGAUCAAUUUGUAAAAUGAUAUGGUGUGGAAGAAAGCCUGAUCAUGAGUGACCCUAACGUGAAUUCUAGCUUCUGUUAUGGACAUCCAGAAAUUGUUGUGCAUUUAAUUUGUUUUAUUGCCCAAUUACAGAGAAUUUCUGGCAAAACCUCUGAACUUUCAUGAAUGAAAAUAUUGAUGAAAGUUUUAUUUUACUGUAGAAAAAUUUAUUGUUUUGUUUCCUGGAAAAUAAUGCACUGACUAACACGUGUACAUGAUGAAUCUUAUUAUAAAGGUCAAAUUCUAUAAGCAUUAAUUUAAAUUUACAGUUUAAAACCAUGCUUUGUUUUUAGAGUUCAAUUAAUGUAUUAAUUCAAAUCAAUUUAACACGCUCUAAAAGAAAAACCAUGAACAGCUUCUGCUAUUUUAAAUCUUUUAAAUCUUUAUGCCCUUUAUUUUGAUCCGUGUUUUUAUUAUGUGUAUUAUGUGUAGCCUCUGUAUAUACCUUUGCUAAAUGUUUAUCAUGUGCACCUUGAACAUGUUACGUACUUACAGGUGUUUGUUCCUUAAAAAGAAAUGAAUGGAAUAAAGUUUGUAAAAAAAAAAAAAAAGAAAAAAAAAAGGCAUUUUUCUUUUCCUGUAGAAACAUUAGUGAAUCCUGUUCUGAGCAGUUUGUGUAAAGAUCUGUGAACUAAUAGUCUCCAGACUGUAUGAAGCAAUGUGUUGUCGUGGCAUUAAGUUGUCGACGUUGCUCGUCUUUGCAGGUUAUGUGGCUGUCUUCACGGUACCAGGAUUAUGCUGCCGAGCAGAGGAGUACACGACACGAGACGGACAGUGCUGUCCGAUGUGUCACCAAGGUGCAGUUGUUCAAAGAGACUGUACACUACAGUCAGGCACACGUUGCAGCCUCUGUAACAAUGGGACUUUUAUGAAUCAACCCAAUGGCCUGAAUAAGUGUUUCCCCUGCACCUCCUGUGUCCCAGCUCAAGGUCUCUUUGCCCAGCAGAAGUGUACGGUAACAACCGACACAGUUUGUGAUGUUUUAAGUGGGUAUUUCUGCACGAGUCUGGCCAACGAUACAGGAUGUAGUUUGGCAGAGAAACACACACACUGUGCACCUGGUCAGAGGAUAAAAGAACCUGGAACCAGCAGAACUGAUACAGUGUGUGAAGACUGUCAGCCAGGCUAUUUUUCACAGGAUGGUGUGAACUGCACAGCGUGGACAAUUUGCUCAGAAACCCGGGUGAAGGUCAAAGAAGGAGGCUCGAGUAACGAUGUUGUCUGCGGCGCUGCAUCAAGAAAUCAUUCCUUUUUGUUUACACCUCUUUUAUUGUGUUUGUCAGAAACACUUGUUCGGCUUGUGACCAGAGAUUGGUAUUUUCUUUGCCACCCUACAUAAUAUUUCUCUGAUUAUUUUCUGGACUGUUUCCUUUUAAUACUUUACUUUCAUUUAUUUCAUUUCUACUUUUAUUUUUGGUUUUAUUCUCUUCCAAACAUCUUCUCACUUUUUGCAUUUUAUAAUUUUAUCUUUACUACUUUGUCUUUUUUAUGUGAUUUUUAAUAUCUUACUUUCAUUUAUGGUUUGAUUCACCUGAAUAUAUGUCCAGUGCUUUAAUAUGUAAUAUUUUAUUAUUUUGUCUUUAUUGUUCUAUGUUCAUCUUAGCUUUGCUAUUCUGUAAAGCACUUUGUGUUACAUUGUAUGUAUGAAUAGUGCUAUGCAAAUCGAUUUGUAAUGUCUGCCUCUACAUAACUAGAUUUGAAUUUCAGACGGACAAAUAACAACUGAUGAAUUACAGGCAUUUUUCCUUUUAAUCUUGAACAGUUCAACCUCUGUAGUUGUAAUUUGUCCAUAAUCAAAUUCAAAUGUGAAACAAAAGGGUCAAAAGGUCACUGAUGCAACAUGGGAAUGUAUUGUACACAGGUAAAACAAAUUCAUUGACCAUA